AUGGCCUCGACGUCAAAGUUCACUGCUCGCUAUUCUCACACGGCGGCAGCAGCAGCGGCUCUCCACCUGUCAGAAGAGGAACAACUGGGCGAGUUUGAUUGCUUAGCAGACUUGGCUGGAGGUGUUUCCUCAGAUCAUAAUUCGCCAAAAUCAUCCUCGACCCGUGAAUGUUCUCCUUUCGCGUCAGCAGUCGAAAUAGCCGAGGAAUGCAUGUAUACACGGGAAGAACAUUUUAUGAGUGAUAAUGGUGACAUAUCAGUUCAUAGUAGCUCAAAGCCCAUCCGUCUGCCCUGUCGUGCAAGCGGAUUUCGACUGUCCGAUGGUCACAAGAAGUCCGUUCAAAUGCAGUUUGAAGGCAGGAAAUUUAAAUCCGCUGCCAAAUCAAAUGCGAAGAAGGAAAAGCCGCCGGAUGUGACAGCGGAGCUGACCAGGUGUAAAGCCGAGGAGUCGAGCUACCUCGAGUUCUCCGAUUCCGGCCUCCAGUUUCUCCCCACGGGUAUUUUCAAAGAACUGCCCCACGUGGAGACCCUCUUCCUCAACGGCAACAAGCUCACCGGUCUGCCGUCUGGCCAGCUGACUAGUCUGCCGAAUCUGCGUCGUCUGUUGCUCCAGCAGAACGCCAUCGUCUGCGCUGGUCUGCCCGCGGACCUGGCGAAUCUGAAGUCGCUCGAGGUGUUGGAUCUCCGGCAUAACCGACUCGAGGGUCAGUUGCCCGCUUGCGUGUACGCCCUCAGCGGACUCAAACAGCUCAUCCUCAGCUACAACAAGCUCCACACCCUCAGCGACGACAUCAAGAACCUCCAACGGCUUACAAUCCUUAUAGUUAAUCGGAACUCAAUUCGACACGAUAUCCCCUCCACGAUAGGCCAGCUGGCUUUCCUCACCAAACUUGACCUCUCCUACAAUCACAUUCAGUCGCUUCCACCAAGUCUUGGCCAGUGUACUCAACUCACCGACCUAUACCUCCACUACAAUCAACUAACCCACCUCCCUGAGUCUAUCGGACACCUAACCAACCUCACCCGGUUAAUGCUCAAGUACAAUCGCCUAGUUGAAGUCCCCGAGUCUCUAGCGAAGUGCACGCGACUUGACGAAUUCAACGUUGAAAACAACCAACUCGCCAAGCUCCCUCGCAUACGUGAUGCGCGACGUGAGGCUUUGGGAGGGCAGCACGUGUUAAUCACGAUGUGUGGUAGCUUUACCCCCGGUCCGGUUAAAAUUCGCGUCCCAGUAGACGCGCGCUCGUUCCUCGUGUCGCCAUUGGCUGAUCCCUCAGACGACCUCGAAGCCGACCAAUCGGGGCGCAACACUUUUUGUCUCGGAUCCGUCGUUGGCCUUCUGGCCAGUAUGACGUCAGUUCGAAAUGUGACGUUUUCGCGGAACUUCUUCAGCGUCUUUCCUCCCGGUGGCCAAGAGCAGUAUUCUCAUGUUGCGACGCUGAACAUGGACCACAACCGCAUUACCGAGGUGCCUCCCGGUGUUCUCCAGCACCUCCGCCAGGUUUCCAGGCUCAAUCUCCGCGACAACGAAAUCGUCGAGCUGCAUGCUGAAGAUCUGCUCCACUGGAACAACCUCGUUGAACUAGAUCUUGGCUCCAAUCACCUCUCCAGCCUACCGGACGAGGUGGAGGCGCUGCGGGCUCUGGAAGUCUUCCGACUGAACUACAACCAGCUUAGACACCUUCCAAGCAGCAUCGGCAACCUAGUGCGUCUGCGUGUCCUUGACCUCGAAUCCAACCAUCUGGAGUCUCUGCCCCCCUCGAUCGGCCAAUUCAUCAACCUCCAAGACCUCAACGUCAGCUGCAACUGCCUCACCACCUUCCCGCCGUCAAUUGGCCUUCUAUCCGAGUUGAAGAUCUUCAGAGCCGGGGAGAACGAUAUCAGAGAGCUUCCGCCCGAGAUCGGCCAAAUGACCAAUCUCCGCGACCUCUACCUGAACGACAACCACAAUCUGAACAAUAUUCCCGCGGAGAUGUCCCAGUGCCCGGUGUUGACCAUCCUGAGUGUCGAAAACUGCCCCCUGCGCGACCUGCCCCAGCCAAUCGUCAGCGGGGGCUCAGCUAUGAUCAUCUACUGCCACCCACCACGAAAUUCUCGCUCUGUCGACGCUGGAAACCCGCGUGUCUCAUCACCUCCCCGUCCCUCUGCAGAUCUCUUCCGCGUCGUCCAUGCCGCACAUUUAUCACGUUCCACCGCUCUCAACGUCUUCGUCUGUCGUCUGCUCUGA